GGAAGGAAGGAGUCCAGGAAAGCACACACACACACAUUGCUCAGUGAGACAAAGUGGCUGUUUCCUGGAGCAUCUCCUGCAGCCUGAGCUGGAUGUUUGGAUGUUUGGGUGUCUGUCUUUUCCCAUGGAGGCAUCAGGCGAAGCUUGUGCUCCAGGAUUUUUCCUCUAACCUGUGGCAGUGAAGGAGCGUACACUUGCAGCAGUGGGACAAUUCCAGAGAAUACACACUGUAUUUGGAUUCUUAGGCUGAGAACUGUUGAGCAUGUGUACACAUCAUUUUGUGUACGUGCUGUUUUUUUUAUUUUAGCAUGACUGCUGUCAACAGUUUGUGAGAGCCAGUCAGACUUUCUCCUUGUGUGUGUGUGUGUGAGUGUGAAUGUGUGUGUGCCAGGAUGAGUGUUCCCAUGUUAAAAAUUGGCGCGGUGCUCAGCACCAUGGCUAUGGUGACUAACUGGAUGUCCCAGACUCUGCCAUCACUUGUCGGACUCAAUGGAACCAUCAUUUCUCCUGACGGCACACAUGAGCGCAUCGUCAGUGGGUUGUACCCAGGCUCCGAGGAAGGCUGGCAGGUUUACAGCACGGCGUCAGAUCCUGAUGGCAGGUGUGUGUGCACAGUGGUCGCUCCGGCACGAAACCUCUGCAAACGGGACCCUCGGAGUCGACAACUGCGCCUCUUGACUGAACAGGUUCAAAAUGUGAGUCAGUCCAUGGAGGUUGUAGACCUGCGAACAUCCAGAGAUCUUCAGUACGUGCGAGACUCUGAGCCUCUCCUGAGGGGAGUGGAUGGACGUUUACACACUUAUGUGGCCAGCCCCCGCACUCUGACAACAAAGGGCCUGCAGGAGUUAAAGGGCCAGAUGUCUCAGUUACGGCCCCUUCUGUCAGUAGUGGAGCAGUACCGACUGGACCUGCAGACGUUGGCCACUCUACGACUGGAGCUCCUCAACCUGUCAAUCAUCCUGACAGCCAUUCAGGAGGAGGUCGGGGCAUACGACUACGAGGAGCUCCAGCAGAGGGUUCUACUCCUGGAAACCAGGCUACACAGCUGCAUGAACAAAUUGGGUUGUGGUCGUCUGACUGCAGUUAGCGGUCCAAUCACCGUGAGAGCCUCAGGUUCCCGCUUUGGCUCCUGGAUGACUGAUGCCAUGAUUCCCAGCUCCGACAGCAGGGUGUGGUCCAUGGAUGGUUACUAUAAGGGCCGACGUGUGCUGGAGUACAGGACCAUGGGGGAUUUCACCAAGGGCCAAAACUUUGUGCAGCAUCUGUUGCCGCACCCAUGGGCAGGAACCGGCCACGUGGUCUACAACGGCUCACUCUAUUACAACAAGCACCAGAGCAACAUCCUGAUUCAGUACCACUUCCGCUCUCGCAGCGUGUUGCUCCAGCGCAGCCUCAGCGGUGCCGGAUACAACAACACCUUCCCCUACAGCUGGGGAGGAUCCUCUGACAUCGACCUCAUGGCUGAUGAAACUGGACUCUGGGCCGUCUACACCACCAUCCCCAAUGCUGGAAACAUAAUGGUGAGUCGUCUGGACCCUCGCACACUAGAAGUAGCCCAGAGCUGGGACACAGGGUUUCCUAAGCGCAGUGCAGGGGAGGCCUUCAUGAUCUGCGGCACACUGUACGUCACCAACUCCCACCUGGCCGGGGCCAAAGUCCACUUUGCCUACCACACCAACUCCUCCACGUACGAGUACACCGACAUCCCCUUCCAUAACCAGUACUCCCACAUCAGCAUGAUGGACUACAACCCCAGAGAGAGAGCGCUAUACACAUGGAACAACGGACACCAGGUCCUCUACAAUGUCACACUGUUUCACGUCAUUCGGAGCGACGGAUAGAUCACGCGUAGGGAAUGGUAACAAAACACAGUAGAGGUGGAGAGAAUUGAUUGUUGACAGGUGCAGCAUCACACACACACACACACACACACACACACACACACAAUGGCUAUGAGUGUCAAUUGGAAAUAGUCUACCAUCUGUGUUUGGAACUGUAUGAUUUCCUGGCAGAGAAGGCGUAUAACUAGACACUAUACAUGGUUGUUGAACACCGGUCUAAAGGUCACAGACAAGAGUAUUUAUCAAGGUGAAGCCAAGAGAAUUAACUGCUUCUGCUACAGAGCCGCUGAUAGACAGAAGGAAGUCAGACAGUUGGAGCUCAUCCAUAUUCUGUUGCAUUUCAUUCCACUUGUGUCUCGAGAUUUGAUUUUGCAAGUUGAGGUCAAAUUGUUGAAGGAAAAAAAACUCCCCAAAACUUUGCUCGUGAACUACAUUUCAACAAGGUUUAGACCUCGAGCUAGGACGACGGCCCCCCGGAUGGAGAUGUUCUGGGUUUGUGAUGUGAUUGUGGACGUGUUCAGUCAGCAUGGUUGUUCAUUCAAUAAACCUUACUGUCAAACAACA